AUACAAUUGUUAGAAGGAAAAAAGAGAAAAAAAAAAAAAAAAAAAAAAACCCAUGAAGUAUAGUGAGAUAUCCCACUUCAGCCACCCUCUACACCCCUUGAAAUUUGAGUACUCGGAAUUCCCAUUCAAGUGUGAUGGCUGCAAAGAAGUAGGGAUAGGGUCUCGCUACAAAUGCUCCAAGUGUGAUUUUGAUCUCCACAUGCACUGUGCAAUCCCUUCUGCUUCAAUCUUUCAUCCUUUCUACAACAAAUGCUCCUUUCAGUUCCUGUCUCGACCUCCAGGCGAUAAGCCUCGUUACUGCAAUGCCUGUGAAAGGGACGUCAAUGGAUUUCUCUACCAUUGCAACGAUUGUGGAUUUGAUCUUCACCCAUGUUGUGCAAAGUUGCCAAUGGUGCUUGACGAUGGAGAAGUGAAGCUUUAUUUGUAUAGGAAAGUGAGUGAAACCUGUCACAAAUGUGGACGUAAAGGGAGGAGUUGGAGUUACAGGUCCUCAUGCAAGAAGUAUAAUCUUCAUGUGGCUUGCGUUAAGGACAUGUUGGUGGAGAAUUGGGCAGGUCUCUACCUUGAAAGAUCAGAUCAUCAUCGUGGGAAUACAAGUAGUAGCUAUGCCAAUGGCAAUGGUAGUAGGAAAUUGGAGAAUAGAAUUCCCAGCUUAAAAAAUGCACUCCAAACCCACCACCGGAAAAGCAAGGGUAAGGUGCAGAAAUGUUGUGAGAUGGCUGGAUUGGCUGUGCAAUUUGUGAUCUCCGCCGUGCUCGGUGAUCCGACCACCAUUAUUGCUGGGGUAAUUGGGAAUUUGAUUGCAAGAGGGUGAUGGAAGUGUAAUGGGGGAAUAUUGGAAUAUUUGGUUUUCUUAGUAUAAUUAUCUUUGCAGGGAAUGUUUGGGAGUCUUUGGAAAAAAUAUCGGAUAAAGGGGUCCAUGCAUAUGUGGCUUUUUCGAAAGGCAUACAUAUGUGACUUUAAUGUGAAUAAAUUCUACUUAACUUUAUGCUCUUAAAUAGUUUUUGUUACU